GAGUAACUCACCUGAGGGCAAUUCAGCCGAAGCAGAACCACCAACCAAGAGUGAUUCAACCAAGAGUGAUUCAACCGAGAGUGAUUCAACCGAGAGUGAUGGAGCAGCAGCAGCAGCAGCAGCAGCAGAGAGUGGAGGCGGUGCCGAGGGCAGUGAGUGAGUUUGGAGACACGGAGAGUGUGCGCGACAUGGCGAGUGGGCGGGUGUCGGAUAAGAUUCUGCAACAGGACCUGCUGCAACUGGCUGAAGCCGUGGCUACAGGCGACCAGGUGAGGGGAGAGGGAUCAGGCGAGGGGAGAGGGAUCAGGCGAGGGGAGAGGGAUCAGGCGAGGGGAGAGGGAUCAGGCGAGGGGAGAGGGAUCAGGCGAGGGGAGAGAGAUCAGGCGAGGGGAGAGGGAUCAGGCGAGGGGAGAGGGAUCAGGCGAGGGGAGAGAGUGAGUGAGAGUGGACGGGUGUCAGACGAGGGGCUUCAGCAGGACCUGCUGCCCCUGGCUGAAGCCGUGACCACGGGGGACCAGCCGCGUAUGCCUGACUCGCCGUCUGCGUCCGCUCUCCUCACCCUACGGCACGCCAAUGCAGCGCUUCUCACACUACCUGCUCACUGCCUGCGUCCUCCCUGUGCCCUCCCCUCCCCACCCACUCCCUGCUCCUGUGCAGCCGCGUAUGGUCAGCCUGGCUCGUCGUCUGCAUCCGCUCUCCUCCCCCUACGGCAUGCCCAUGCAGCGCAUCGCCCACUACCUGCUCACAGCCUGCCUCUCCCUCUUCCCCCCCCACUCUCAAACCCCGCUCCCCAUUCCUGCCCGUCAAUCCAUGCCCCCAUACAGCCGCGUAUGGUGUCUUUGACUCGUCGCCUGCGUCCGCUCUCCUCCCCCUACGGCACGCCCAUGCAGCGCGUCUCACACUACCUGCUCACUGCUCUCGCCAAGAGGGCUGCAGGCGCCCUGGGCACGGACUAUAUCACCCAUCUGAGCCGCGCCCCUGAGGUGAGAAAGCAGUGA